CGGUGAGGUUAAACAAAGGUUCAAGUGUAACUGCAAUAAAAAUAAACUGCAGCCAGUUUAUGCAAAUACUUAGGAACAUUGUUCGACUACAGAUAAACGUUUCAUGGAAUAUGCUCAAAGCUUAUCAGAGAUUACAGAACAACACUAUGGAAACUUCUUCGACACUACGGUGUGCCUCAAAAGAUAGUCAAUAUCAUACAGAGUUCAUAUGAUGGAUUACACUGCAAAAUCGUGCAUGGAGGACAGUUGACAAAGUCGUUCGAAGUAAAGACCGGUGUUAAGCAAGGUUGCUUACUCUCACCCUUUCUCUUUCUCCUGAUGAUCGACUGGAUCAUGAAGACGUCAACAUCUGAAGGGAAGCACGGGAUACAAUGGACAUCUAGGAUGCAGUUGGACGAUCUGGACUUCGCAGAUGAUCUGGCCCUUCUAUCCCAAACGCAACAACAAAUGCAGGAGAAGACGAACAGUGUAGCAGCAGCCUCAGCAGCAGUAGGUCUCAAUAUACACAAAGGGAAGAGCAAGGUUCUCCGAUACAACACAGCAUGCACCGAUCCAAUCACAAUUGACGGAGAAGAUUUGGAAGAUGUAAAAACCUUUACAUAUUUGGGCAGCAUCAUUGAUGAACAGGGUGAAUCUGAUGCAGAUUUGAAGGCGCGGAUCGGCAAAGCAAGAGCAGCAUAUUUACAACUGAGGAACAUCUGGAACUCAAAGCAACUGUCAACCAACACAAAGGUCAGGAUUUUCAAUACAAAAGUCAAGACAGUUCUACUGUAUAGGGUGGAAACCUGGAGAAUUACGAAAGCCAUAAUCCAGAAGAUACAGGUGUUUAUUAACAGUUGUCUACGCAAAAUACUUCAGAUCCGUUGGCCGGACACUAUUAGCAACAACGUACUGUGGGAGAGAACAAACCAGAUCCCAGUGGAGGAUUAAAUCAGGAAGAAGCGCUGGAAGUGGAUAGGACACACAUUGAGGAAAGCACCCAACUGCGUCACAAGACAAGCCCUCACAUGGAAUCCUCAAGGCCAAAGGAAGAGAGGAAGACCAAAGAACACAUUACGCCGAGAAAUGGAAGUAGAGAUGAAAAAGAUGAACAAGAAUUGGAUGGAAUUAGAAAAGGAGGCCCAGGAUAGAGUGGGUUUGAGAAUGCUGGUCGGCGGUCUAUGCUCCAUUGGGAGUAACAGGCGUAAGUAAGCAAGUAAGUUAUCAGAGAUUAAGCUGGCUACUAGAUACUAAUAUGUAGUAUAAAGCAAUGGAAAAGGAACUGGAUAAGAAGAGAAUAGAAACAGAGGUUGAAGACAAACUCAUAUAAAUAAAUGACAUUCUUAA